UCUCCCUCUCUCCCUCCCUCCCCCCCCCUCUGUUUCUUUCUCCCUCUUCCUGUCCCUCUUCCCCUUCUUUUUUCCUUGACGGUUCUAAAAGGGAGCUGAAGGCCUCACCAUGGAUCCCAAUGAGGCAAGCCGGGUUGAGAAGGAGAAGGACAAAGUGAUAAAGAGGAGGAACCGGCCCGUGUUCCUGCGUUACCUGGAGAGGAGAAAGACGGACACUAUUGUGGCUGAGGACUCGGCCAAGGGGGACUUCAACCUGGGGACGCUGGUGAGGAGGAGUCAGUCUGACAAGACGGAGUACAGCGAUAAACUUAAAGAGAAAAUGGCUCCACACGACCGGUCCACACCCCCCUCUCCAGCACUGGACCCGGAGGAGGUCCGUUCCAGGAAGAUGAACCGCAGGGCAAAGGUCAUUCAGGAGCUGGUGCAGACUGAAAAGGACUACCUCACAGACCUGGAGCUGUGCAUCAGAGAGGUGGUCCAGCCUCUACGGAAUCUGCAGGUUGUGGAUGUAGACAGGUUGUUCACCAACACAGAGACAGUGUGUGAAGUUUCUGCAGGGCUCCUUCACAGACUGCACCAGGCCGUCGCUGAGCCUGAUCCAGAGGCAGUUGUCAUAGGAGAUAUUUUCAUCCAGGCGAAGGCAGCUAUAGAAGAUGUAUAUAAGAUUUACUGUUACCAUCACGAUGAUGCCAACAUGUCACUCAAAUCCUAUGAGAAAGAAGAAGAAAUAAAGCAACAUUUCACCACAUGUGUAUUAGCUCUGAAGACAAUCUAUGACCAAGAAGGGAAACCCAACUUACUGAACAUGGGUUCACUGCUCAUCAAACCGGUGCAGAGGAUCAUGAAGUACCCGCUGCUGCUCGGGGAGCUGUGGCACGCCACACCUGAAGGUCACCCUGACUAUCAGCCGCUGCAAGAGGCGUUCACUGCUGCCAAGAUCAUCAACGUUAACAUCAACGAGUUCAAGAGACGCAAAGAUAUAGUUACGAAGUACAAGAGGUUAGUAGAGGAUGAAGGCACACUGAGGGGCAAACUUAACAAGUUCAACAUCCACUCUAUCCGGAAGAAAGGAGACAGGUUUGCUGGCUAUCUCAAGAUCCUUACUGGAGUUGAACCACAGGUGAGAGAUGAAAUAUUUGAUAGAGAGGAGAAGCUGUUCAGGAGUCUGGAGAAGGCUGUGAGGCAGCUGGCCAAGAAUGUUCAAUGUUACCUGCAGCACACUCAGGAGAUGGUGUCAGUAGCUGUUCAGAAUGUCCAGGAUAUGGAGGACAUCAUCAAGGAUCCAAACAAAAAUCACACAAACGGCUCUUCAGAAAACAAUGGAAAUGACCCAUAUAAGCACUUUAAAGACAGCAUGGAGCGCUUGGUCCUCGCCCCCCUCUCCUCCCUGCAAGGCAUGUUCACCGCUCCACAGAAGCUCAUCCAGAAGCGAUAUGACAAGUUGCUCGAUUACUGCAGCCGCCUGGAGCGCUCUUCUUCUUUUUCAUCCUCGUCCACGUCAUCCACCACUUCUUCCUCACCUUCACUGGUGUUAGAAGACCCACCCGGUCCCGCCAGGAGGGACUAUGAAGCUCUCAAUGCCUUGCUAGUGGAGGAGUUGCAGAGGUUCAACAAGGCCGCCUAUACUGUCCUGACAAACUGUGUGGUGUAUCUAGUGGCCCUGCUCCGAGGGCUAAUGGAUCAAAUACUACUGCUGGCCCCAUCCAUACAGCAGCUACCAGCUCCAUUGUCAAACAUUGCUGAAGUGCAGAACAGCAUCAUGGACGAGCUGAACAAUCUGACCUUCGUCAAGGACAACGCACAGAAGUUGAUGGAGCGAAAAGUCAGCUUUGAGAGACAACGGGACAAGAAAUUAGCGAUGCCGGAGGUGCAGCAUCAAACCGAGGACCAGCGAGCCUGGCUGCUGGCAGCAUAUCCACCCAGCCGUCUGUACCAGCUGAAGAGGAAGUGUAAUGGCUGCCAGGAGCAGGACCUCAGCGUGCUGGAGGGAGAGCUGGUAGCCCUGGUGGAGGACACAGACCCAUCAGGCAGCAGCAGCCGCUGGCUCGUUCGCACUGGAGGCACACAGGGCUAUGUCUAUUCCACAUUCCUGAAGCAGUACAACCCUCUGAGGGACUCGCAGCGGGCCGGCCAGAUGGCAAAAGAGCAGCAGCCGCAGCAGCAGCCGCAGCAGCAGCCGCUGGCCGCCAUGCUGGAUGAGGACUUCGACGACCUUAGCCUGUUUGUGUCAGGCAGCGGCAGCAGCAGCCUGCGCAGCUUCAGCCUCAACACCACCGACAGUGGCUCUACCCUCUCUGGACUGCAGGGGGAGCAAGAGAGCCCCGAAGAUCUGGAGGAAACACAAGACGCGGAGGCUCAGCAGUUCUAUGCCGUGCAUGCAUUUCAAGCCCGCUGUGACCAGGAGCUGACCUUGCAGGAGUACCAGCAUGUCCGCAUCCUUCAGUUCUGUGACCUCGGAGGCAAUAAGGAUUGGUGGUUAGCCGAGGCCAACGGACAGAAGGGAUACGUUCCUGCCAACUACCUUGGCAGGAUGUCCUACGCAUAAACAGAGGCGCUGUUUUUAUGCAUAUCAUAUCCAGGAAACAAAACCAACUUGUGGCAUUUUAAACAAACUCACUUACACUUUCAUACAUAAUUUAAAUAGUCUUGACUGUAAACCAUGUCACUUUUCUGCUUGGUGAAAGUCAAAAGUGCAUCAGUUAUCACUAGAUCGUAUAUGUCUCAUACCAAAAGUGUUGAAUCGGCUUUGCCUUCAGAAUAUCAUAACGAGAGCUCACCAAUGGGACUUGACCAGCAAUCUGUGAUUAACAUAAAUAAUGGUAGGAAAAUACAGGCCACUGUGCCGAGCACUAUUUUUUUUUUUUUUACUUCAGUGUUGGCGAGUUUAUAUUGAUAAUGAAGUGAAUAAUUAAUGAAGUUAAUUUUGUAUGUGAACCGAUUCAUACAUGAAGUGUAUAUAUCUAAAUGUGAAAUUAAGAAAUCUAUAAUUUAUAUUUGAACA